AUGAGCAGCAUUGACCUGCUCCUCUCCACCACCCUGUCCACCACCCUGGCCAACACCACCGCGGCCCCGAGCAACGGGACCGAAGUGGUGGUGGUCAGCUGCCAGGCGCUGGCGGUGAAAGACACUGGCAGGCAGAAUGGUAAGGCCACGACUCUGCUGGUCGCCGCCGGGCUGAACUUGAGCACGCUGGCGGCGGCGCUGAUUGUCAUGUACCUGGUUUCCCGAAGCCGACGGCUCCACAAAGUGCUCGUUCCAAAGAAGAAAGGGCGUCUAGGAAUGCCUUGGGAAUGGAUUCGUGAUGCCUACCGGGUAGGUUUGGACGACAUGGACGUGAUCCCCAUCGAUGGGCAAAUGGUUAUCCGCCUCUGCUUGUUGGGGCUGAAAUUCUCUGCCUUUGGCACUGUGAUCAGCUUCGUGCUGACGCCCAUUUAUGCGACAGCAGGAGGUGGACAGAGCGGCAUCUUCGCUCUGACGAUCAGCAAUCUGUCCGCUUCCGAUGAGCAAUACGUUUUUGGGCUCGUGGUUGCCGGAGCCUACUUUCUGGUGUUCUUCUUCAUCUGGCUCGUUCGAGCUGAAUGGAGACAUUUUCUGAAGCUUCGUCAAGAGCACUUCUUGCGAAGAGCCAAAGGAGUGGAGGGUUUGACCUCGGCUCAGGCUCAAUACUCGCUGCUAGUCCAGCGUUUGCCGAAGAAACAGCAGGAUUCGAAAGCCAUCAAAGACUUGUUCUCCAGCAUCUUUCCCGACAGGGUCCACUCAGCCGUGUCUCAGCGAGACACCUUGCUGUAUUAUCACCUUCGGGCGCUGAAGAAAACUAGUGACAACCUGAUGGUGUGCUCUUGCUGCCAGGGCUGCGUCCAUCGGCAGCUGGAGCGGACGGUGCAGCUUGAGCGCCGGCUGGCCCGAACCUACAGGGAGACGGAGAACGCCUUGCAGGGCUUUGCGCUAGAUGGGCAGGUCGAGGAGGCUCUCAAUCUGGUGCCAAUGCCCUUCGAAAGCCGACCCAGCAAGUCCAAGGCGUGGGGGAGACCGGAACUGCGGAGGUCCGCACACCUCACCAGCGAGCAGAGCAACGCCCCGACCAGCACGGGCUUUGUCACGCUGAGCUGCCUCAGCGAUCGCGUGCUCGCUGAGCAGGUGACGCUCUUCGAUCACCCCGAGCUCCAGGGCAUCCUCGUGGAGCCAGCUCCGGAG